AUGGGGAUUGUCAAAUCCAAGUCCUUAGCCCGCAGCUAUGUGUGGUGGGCGGGCCUGGAUGAAGCGGUGGAACGAAUAUGUAAACAGUGCGAGGUAUGCGCUGCGAAUGCAGACGCGCCACCGAGACAAGUACCUCGCAUGUGGCCGUGGCCUAAUAAACCGUGGUCCAGACUGCACCUAGAUUUCAUGGGCCCUAUGUUAGGGCAAACAUAUUUAGUGGUAGUAGAUGCAACAUCUAAAUGGAUGGAAAUAAUUAGGGUAUCGAGCACGGCGGCAACGGGAGUAAUAGAUAAAGUUAGUGAACUAUUUAGUAGGUUCGGACUGCCUAAACAAAUUGUCACGGAUAAUGGACCACCCUUUACAAGCUCAGAAUUUAAAAAUUUUACUAGUAGUCAGGGGAUUGAACAUAUUUUUACGGCUCCAUACCACCCGGCCUCAAAUGGAUUAGCCGAAAACGCAGUUAAAACAUUAAAAAAAGUAAUUAAAAAGGCGGUUGUAGAGAAACAAAACAUAAAUAAAGCACUUUGGACGUAUUUGUUAUACUAUAGAAAUACCGAACAUUCGACAACUGGGGAAUGCCCAGCGGUUAUACUAUUAGGCCGUCGACUACGCACUAGAUUAGAUGUUAUAAAACCAGAUAGGGAGAGUAAAGUUUACAAAGCUCAGCAGAAACAAAGAGAAUCAUUUAAGGGGACAAGUAGAAAGAUGCAGGUAGACGAUGAGGUAUGGUAUAGGCAUUCACAGUGGUUAUUACUGGUGAUAUUAACAUAG